CGCAGCACCCGUGCUGAAUUAGUGGCAUGUGUAGUGGAAGGGUAUUUUCGCCAUUAAAGGACACGGGCUAAAUGAAGGUUUAGGGCUUUCCUGCAACCUGGAAAAGAGGCUGCAUAAUGGCAAUGCUGCGCCGGUUCUUCAAGAAACACCCUCUGCUAAGCAAUGCUGCAAUCUAUGGCACCAUGUUUGUGGCAGCAGAAGUCAGCCAACAGACAUUUGUGAAAAAAGUCAUGGUGAAGCAUGAGCCGAAGAAGCCUGAGCCUCUGGACCGGGCCGCCGUCGCUCGGUACUGCGUCCUUGGAUACGCCAUCGCGCCACCGCUGCUCUACGCCUGGUACAAGUGGCUGGACUCGCGUUUUGUGGGCGUCUCGGCUCGUGUUGUCACGAAGAAGGUCUUUCUCGACGUGGCUGUUAUGGGUCCGAUCGACGUCUUCAUCUUCUUCUACAGCAUGGCCUUGAUGGAGCAGAGAGAAGAUAAGCUAUCGGAGAUCCGCGAGAAGUACGUUGCUACUGUUCUGGUGAGGAUGCGCGACCUGCUGGCGGCUGUUAAUAAACAGGUGUACUUCUGGGUGCCAGCGCAGAUCGUGAACUUCGUGUUCCUGCCGGCGUCGGUGCGCGUGGCCUUCGUCGGCGUGUGCUCGUUCGUGUGGAUCAACAUUCUCUGCUGGGUGAAGCGUGACCCGCCCAGCGCCGAUGAGGUCCCGCACGGCGAGGAGGCGGCCCUGCGGACGGACGCGCCCGAGGCGGCCAUCUACUGA